GAAGGCGCAUUUAUUUAGGAUUCAUUUAAGAUUCUCAAAAAAUAAUGUGAUAUCUUCUUAAAGGACAAAGAGUGAUAUUAUAGACUAAAUCAGUCAUGUAGGCGGAAGGACUGCGAAUUCCAAGUGAAUAAAAAAAUGAUUUACCAUGAGACCAAAAUUCUCAGACGUUUUGUUUCUUUAUUGAAAACAAUGAAGUGAAAAUUAUAAAUAUGUGUAUUUUUUGGAAUAAGAGGAUAACUUAAAUUUUGUAAAAAAAAUUAAGUGCCAGGAAGAUGAAUCUAAUGCGCAAAUUACGUGGUGCUGCGGGCUCUUCGUCUUCGGAGCCCGCGGAGUCUGCCAGCGCGUCUUCACAUCUUCAGCUGGGCCUCAUGCACCUCAAGAAGCUGUUUGCGGAGUACACUCAUCCAGCACAACCUUUAACAGAUGCUGAAAAAGAUGAUAAACUGUACAAUAUGCUACCUCUAUUUUGCAAGGUAUUUGGUAGCAGCCCCUCAAGUGAGAUGAAUGAAAAGUUUUGGGACAUUUUAUCAUUUUGCCAGCAAGUGUCCAAGCUUAUGGUAUCAGAGAUUAGGAAGAGAGCUAGCAACCAAAGUACAGAGGCAGCAAGUUGUGCCAUAGCAAAGUUCCUGGAAAUUGAGAAUUCUGAGGAAUCUAGCAAUGGCUGGAUGUUACUGUCCACAUUAAAUCUUCUAGCAGCAGGAGACCAGUCAUUGAUACAGGUCAUGACUACAGCUGCCAUUCCUUCAACAUUAGUCAAAUGUUUAUACUUAUUUUUUGAUCUUCCUGAAAUACCUGAAUCAGAGGCUGAUGUGCAAGACGGUGUUAGUGAUUUUACCCCAAGGGAAAGAAGAAUACUGUUGCAAAAAAUAUUUGUUCAGGUCCUUGUGCGACUAUGCAGUCAUCCAUUUCCAUGUGAAGAGUUGGCAAGGAAAGAUGAUCUCAGCCUACUGUUCUCUGCUAUAACGUCAUGGUGUGCCCCUCACAAUAUCAUGUGGCGAAAGUCUGCAGCGGAAGUACUGAUGACAUUAUCUAGACAUGGAUUAACACAAUCUGUUGUACAAUACAUACACAAUAAAGGUUGUGUCGCAUUGUGUAUUGAAAACAUGCAGAAAAUACCAGAACUGACUCCAUUGGAGGUAGUUGAAAUGUUUGUGGCAGUAUUUUGUUUCCUCAAGGAUUCAAGUGAAGUUAGUCAAUUAUUAUUGGACGACUUUCGUUCAUGUCAAGGAUAUUUAUUUUUGUCGGAGUUUCUUCUCAAGCAUGAGAGAGAUGGGGUACCUGAUUAUUUGACGUCAGGGUUAGAAGAAGAACGCGUGAGCGGAUCGGAGGCGCGCGCGGCGCUCCGCAAUCUCGUGCUGAUGAUAUCAUCGCUAUGCGCCUGCGGGUUCUCGGAGCUGCGGCCCACGCGCGCCAACACCGAGCUGUUCCAGCUGCAGGGGUUCGUGCUGCCGCAGCCCACCACGCCGGGGCAGGCUGUGAGGAACGUGCAGGCCUUCCAGGUGCUGCAAUCAGUCUUCAUUAAGUCAAACUCCGCUGCACUAUGUUGCACUAUACUAGAUGCCAUAUCGAGCGUAUAUCAUGCGGAUAAUGCAAACUAUUUCAUACUAGAGAACCAAAAUACGUUAAGUCAAUUUUCCGAAAGAAUUCACCUGAAGAACGCUGAAAUUCAAGAAAAGUUCUUUGAACUUUUAGAGUUUAUUGUCUUCCAGUUGAAUUUUGUUCCCUGUAAGGAAUUGAUAUCACUGUCCUUACUAUUAAAAGCAAAUAAAUCGAGGAGUUGUAGCAUAUUGUGUAUGAAAACGCUACUGAAUAUUUUAAAGCAUAAUAUGAUUUUCAAAAAUGUAUACAGGGAAGUAGGCAUGUUAGAAGUCUUUGUUACAUGCCUUUCUCGCUACGCCGUAUUUUUAAAAGACAAACAGAUCGCAGAAGAGGAGAAACAAAAGAAGGAAACCGAUUCUAGCGAGCCAAUUGCUCCAGAAAGGAGGAAACGGUUGUCUAUAAGACAAGAUUCACUAAUAAAAGACCCUAACACCGAUACAGAAGAGGAAGAAUUGGGUACUCUGGUGAUGGAAGGGUUGACGGCGUUACUGAAUGGGAACACGAACAAUUGUAAUGUGUUUAGGGAUUGCGGUGGUGCGAAAUGCGUCCACGGUAUGGUGGUUCAUGAAUCUUGUAGGAGUAAAGCGCUAGGAGUCAUAAGAGAACUAAUAGUGAGCGGGUCAGGCGAGGAAGACAUGUCGGCAUUGCUUUGCGGCAUGCAUGCUGCGCCCAACGACGCCCUGCGGCUCAAGCUUCAUAUCCUAAAGGCUUUGCUGGCGUGCCUUAGGGAUUCACACAGGACUAGGACAAUAUUUAGAAAGGUCAGCGGCUUUGUAUAUGUGACGAGCGUACUGGCAUCGCUCGAAGGCAAACUGCAAGGGGAUACUCUCAUGGAUCGGGAUAUGCUGCAGUUGAUACAUAUCGUUUUCUACACAGUCAGCACUGCUAUGCGUUUCGAGCCGGCCAACGCAAAAUUCUUCCACCACGAAGUUUGUAUGACGACACUUACGGAUACGAUACGGCUACUGGGCUGUUUCACCGAAGACACGGAACUUAUGAAUGACUUUGAUGCCGGCGACACAGAAUUGUACGAAGUGUUCCACGAGUUAUUUACCGGGAAUAUACUGGAUAUGACGUUUCCUGAUACUGUUCCGGUGGUAUUCAUUCACGCGUGCAUCGUUCUGCGACUCUUGUACGACGUCGCUCUAGACUCGUUCGACAAGCCCACCUUUUGCGGCUCCCUCAAUGUCAAAUCGCCAAGUUUGACGAGGCAGAGUUCAGCUAUCAAUGAGUCCAAGCCAGCAGGGCGCACUGCGCCUCUCAACCUGUCAGCCAGCUCAUCGGGCGAAGCGUGGGUGGUGCACUCCGGCGUGGUGAUCGUGCUGGCGCGGCUGUUGCCCGCGCUGCCGCGGCCCGCGCCGCACGAGGCGCACGCGCGCGCGCUGCGCGACUACCUCGCGCACGUGCUCAAGAGCCUCGUGCGCAGUGAGCGCAAUCAACAAGUGAUGUGCGGCGCAGGGCUAGCAGGCGCGGUGUUACGCGUGAUGGGUGCCGCGUUGCGAGCUGAGAAACACCCACUGCAUGCUCCUGCUAUGUACAUGCUAGAACGCCUCGCUGCGCACGCGUUAAGGCCAGCUGAACUCAGAGAGUUCCUGCGCAUGGGCAACCCUCUGAAUUGCGUAGCGCCCGAGCCGGGGCAGGUCUGCAAGCCUGGAGGACCAGUACCGCUCACCCGAAUCAAGACGCUGGUCUCCAUGACCACUCCUAGAGAUUACAGAUCCCAAAAUUCAUGCACGCUGCCGCCGUUCGUGGAAUUCGACAUGUCAGCCGAAGGCUUCGGCUGCCUCUACUUACCGAGUAUAGCACCUCAGUCGGCCAACCUCAACGCUCUCGGCACGCAAGAUAACGCCACCCUUGGAGGCAUUGGUUCUGGCGACCGAGUAUUCCCGCCGCAGACCGGGCUUACCUACUCCACGUGGAUAUGCGUGGAAAAGUACUCAGACCCGCGGACCGACCCCCACUGUGUCCGGUUGUUGACCCUCGUACGGAAUAUCAACAACAGUCGGGAAGACCAUCUUGUGUGCUUGGCGGUCGUGCUUUCGGCGAGGGACAAGGCUAUUAUCAUAUCGACACAGGAGACUAUGGUCCCGCAUAACGUGGGCGAAUGGGAACCAGAAGGAUCAGGCGAGUGCGGCGCCAGAGUUUGGUGCCCGGAUCUACAGCAUGAGGGCCAGUGGCAUCACCUGGUAUUGGUGCUCAACCGGGCCGUUCUGAAGAACUCCUCCUUUUCGCUAUACCUGGAUGGUCAACACAUGCACUCGGGCAAGCUGCACUACGUGAGCGCGAACCCCGGCGGCGGCGCGGCGACGCUGUCGGGCGCGUCCAGCGUGUACUGCGUGCUGGGCACGCCGCCGCCCUGGCGCCGCUACUCGCGCCUCGUGUGGCGCCAGGGGCCCGCGCUGCUGCUUGAAGACGUAUUACCUGCUCAAACUGUAUCAGUAAUAUACCAACUGGGUCCACAUUACGUUGGCACCCUUCAGGCGCCUUUACCUCCCGGCCACAAUCAAGAGCCAUUAGCACCCCUAGUGGCCGAAGAAAAAGUCGUAUUCGGCAUCAACGCCCGAGCGAUGUCACAGCUAACGCUGGCCAAAAUUCGCAAAGUCUACAGCAAGAACGAUAAUAAAGCUAUAGCUAAGCAACUUGGCAUGUCUUCACAUGAAAAUGCGACGCCUAUUAGGAUACUGCACAAUUCUGCUGGGCACCUCAUGGGACCGGCACGAUGCUUGGGCGGGACCGUUGUGGGUUAUUUGGGUGUGAGAGUAUUCUGCCCUAAACCAGCCGCCAUAAUGAUUGAUACCGUUGGUGGAUGCUCGGUUUUGUUAGGUUUAAUCGCAAUGGCGCAAGAUGUAGAAUGCCUUUACGCUGGCGUUAAAGCUCUAGUAUGCGUGGUGCGUUCUAACAAGGCGGCCCAAGCAGAAAUGGACCGACGGAAAGGAUACCAAACUCUAGCCAUGCUGUUGAAAAGGAAAAAGCAAUUACUCAACUCUCACAUUCUGCACCUGAUCUUUGGCCUUGUCGGCACCGUUGAUAGCCAAAAGGAAACAUCAUCAAUACCUAAUUUAACCGCUUUUCAGUUUUGUUUAACUUCGUUCCAGGAUCUGAUAUGCGAGUUGGACGUAUGGCUUGGGGCUCCAGGCGGACUGAUAAAGUCUCUACUGGAACAUUUGCUUGAACUCGCCACCGAAACGGCGCACAAAACUCACAACUUACGUACAAUGCGAGAGCUACAGCUGGUCUCGAAGCUUCUCUACAUUAUAAAUGACGUGAAAGUUGUCAGCACAAAAAAUGUACUCAUACAAUUGCUAGCAGCGCUUCUAGGAAGUCAGCCACGACCAAGCGAUCUUCUAUGCUUGGGCCAGUUUAUGGCUUACACCCUUCCAUUGCCUUCACAAACGGAGAAGGGUCUCAAUCUGAAGGAAAGCGAUUGCGAGAAAGAAUGUGAAGGCGAACAGGUUAUCCUGCGUAACAAAUGUUUUAACGUUUUACACGGGUUGUUGUUCACUCAACGGAAUCUAGUCAACACUAUCGUAUGCGAAGAGAUUUCAAGAGUACUCGGUAUGGAUUGGCUGCUAAGUUUUAUGCAGGAGAAUGUUCAUCCCACAACUGUUUUAUGGGCACUUAGGAUACUGGUCAUACUUUGCUCUGGACAGGGUCAGCAAUCUGCUAUAAUGCAAAGAUUCCGCGAAGGCGCUGGUAAUGGAGGCUGGCUCCGCCACACCGAGGUGGUAGUAACGCCGCAACAAGCGGGCGUAGUUCUUUCUACGGCCGUUCACUCGCAUUCCCAUUUGCACAUGCCGUUACUCCUCACUUCCGGAUUCGUCAUGCUGUCCUGGCUGCUAUUAUCUCAUCUACAUAUACCAGAGCUGUACUACUUACUAUUCGGUUUAACGCUCGGUCAGCCCAUGCGGAACAUAGGUUCGGACAAGACUGUAUCAGUAGAACGCGUCUGGGCAGCAGCUUGGGGUGCCGCCGCGCCUUCUAGGCAAUCAUCCGCGGCCGUCGCGGCGAGGAUUACUCUGUGCCCCGAGGCCGUGGUUAUCCUACUCGGGGCGGUUAGAUCGUUGAUCCAUGCCGACCCGGCUACGCUGCCGGAGUGGCUGGCUGAUCACCCUGUAGCGAUUAUUCAAGUUUUGUUUUCACUGUACAACACACUCCCAGACUUUGUAACAAUAAUGAUGACCGCAGAAGUACUAACAGCUUUGGCAUCAACACUCUUCCCACCUUAUUCAGCUGAUGAUAUUCAUAUGCCGAUCUGCGAAAGCGGCGAAGACUCAGGAGCCUCGACGCCCGGUUCAGAAAAAGAGGUGGUGUUGGUGGCCGGAUCGGCCUCGCUCACGCAGCACGCGGCCCGGCAGGGCGUCAUGGACUUCCUUAAAGUCAUCGUGCUGGACUCCCUGCCUCUGAGCGUAACUGGCAAGGCUGCCCCGAGUACUGCAUCAGCCACUGACUCAGUGCCAUCGUCCAUGUUUUGUACGCCCUGUAGCUGCUCCACGCCCACAUCCUACUUUUAUAGCGUAAUCGAUUUAGUACUCGACGCUUCCCCGGCCAACUCCACGAGUCAACAACAAAUCGAGUUCCAGACAGACGUGCUAACGACGCUGAUGGAAAACCUACUGAACACGGAGUUGUUCGGCUCAGAGUCUAACAUAUCGAACGUUUGCUACUUGGCUGCUAGGUUAGUCGACAAACUUUGGCAGGGCCAACUUUCUAGGGACCCACAUGAGGUGUUUGAUUUCAUAGUGAAGUUAAUAACGCAAGCCAAAAAGAAGUCUUCCGUCAUAUCGCUAGAAGGGCUGCACCAUUGCUUGAAUAGAACGAUACUGUUCCUGCUUUCGCGGCCUACCGACUCCAUCACAGAUCAGAUGUCUGUUUUAGACACGUUGAGGAACCUUACUACUAACAGGUUAUUGAUAUUUGGCGCUGGCAACCAUGAGCUGGAAUUCAUCGGUUGCCUGACCUACUGCCUGCUGCAACUGAGCGCCAACAUGAAGAUAGCUUUAGACUCCCAUAUGCGCACGACGUGGCACGUCAACCCUAGCGGAGAUCUCGAGUCUAGAGAUGAUAAACUUAACACGCAUCAAGGUUUUAAUCUGAUAGCGGGAGCGGCGCGCAGAGUAUGGGAGGAGCUAUACGCAUGCAAGAAGCCGGCUAUCGAGGAGGUGUUCAAGGUGACCUUGGUGCCGGCUGUCGGCAACGCGCGCGCGCCCGACCUGGCUGCCGUCAGGGAACAGCUCAGUGAGAGCGCGCACAAGCUGUGGAUCAACUACAUCGACACCGAACGGAAGGCUGUCUACCGAGUGCCUUGGGAACUACACAAUCAGAUACAAUCGAAGAUUCAGAAAGUGACAGGCGGACUAACUCGACUCGCAUCUCGCACCAAAGUCAAGAAAGAGGAUUCAGGCAAACUGCGGCCGCAUCCGCCGCGCGAUCAUGCGCUUGCUUACUUACAGGACCAUGUGCAGCUUGUUAGACAAGCUUGGUGUCUACAACUCCAAACGGCCGCAAACACAUGCAUGCACACAACGCGCUACGUGCAAGCAGAAUGGGCGGGCGCGUGGCGGGAGUUGACGCGCGAACGCGGGCUGUGGGGCCCGCCCCGCGCUUCUCCUCUAGACAAAUGGGCACUAGACUCUACAGAAGGACCCUGUCGGAUGAGGAAGAUGUUGCGGCGGAACCAUCUGUUCUAUCUGCACUACCCGUAUAGGCCUGAGCUGGAUAAUCCCGACAACAAACAAUUAAAAUACAAAGUAGCUCAGAGCUUGGACAGCAAAGAGUACUACAGGGUUUACCAGCAAUGGCGAACAACGGGAAACAUUUUAGGCGAGACCGACGCCAUUGAGGCCGCUGAUCUACAGACUUACGAAGAAGAAAUUACCAAUAACAGGGACCCGUCUCUAGACGAGACGAACGAGAACGGGUCUCCAUCAGACCUGGUGAGCAGUGGCGUAGUAAGUCGCGGGACCAAUCAAACGUCUGCUGAAGGCAACGAAGACGGUCCCGACAAUGAGGACGAGGACGAACAGCAGUCGCCGCCGCCGGACAACCAGACGCUACUGCGGCUACUGGAGCAUCAUGAGAAAAUAACACACAUGUUCCGUUGCGCAAGAAUACAAGGUCUCGACACGGUGGAAGGUCUACUCUUAUUCGGCAGAGAGCAUUGCUACGUCAUCGACGGCUUCACUCUGCUAAAGAACAGGGAAAUCAGAGACCUGGACAGCUGUCCUGAUGAUUAUGAGCCCAUUUUACCUAGUCAAGGAAUACAGAGAAGCAAUCAGAGGCAGUGUAACAAAUUUCUAUAUGAGGAUAUUCGGGAAGUACACAAGAGAAGGUAUCUACUGCAACCGAUAGCUUUGGAAGUUUUCUCUAGCGACGGUCGAAAUUAUCUUCUCGCUUUCCCCAGGAAAGUACGGAAUAAGGUGUACAGCAGGUUCACGGCGCUAGCGACGGGUAUGGCGGACAGCGCGGCCGGCUCCGUGGCGGGGCAGAAGCGCGGCGUGGCCGUGGAGCAGCCCGCCAGCCUGCUGGCCACGCUCAUCGGGGACACCUCCGUCACGCAGCGGUGGCUGCGAGGCGAAAUAUCCAACUUCCAAUACCUGAUGCACUUGAACACCCUCGCGGGCCGCUCGUACAACGACCUGAUGCAGUACCCGGUGUUCCCAUGGAUCCUCGCGGACUACGACUCGCAGGAGCUGGACCUCAACGACCCGGCCACCUUCCGCGACCUCACCAAGCCUAUGGGGGCCCAGAGUCCGGACCGGCUCGAGCAGUUUAGGAAGAGAUACAAGGAAUGGGACGACCCGCACGGCGAGACGCCCCCGUACCACUACGGCACGCACUACUCGUCCGCCAUGAUCGUGUGCUCGUACCUGCUGCGCAUGGAGCCCUUCACGCAGCACUUCCUGCGGCUGCAGGGCGGCCACUUCGACCUCGCGGACAGAAUGUUCCAUUCGGUGAAGGAGGCCUGGAAUUCCGCAUCGCGUCACAACAUGGCUGACGUCAAAGAGCUAAUACCGGAGUUCUUCUAUUUGCCAGAGUUCUUGCUCAACUCCAACAACUUUGACCUGGGUUCAAAACAGUCAGGCGUGGCCCUAGGCGACGUGGUCCUCCCGCCGUGGGCGCGCGGCUCGCCCCGCGAGUUCAUCCGCCUGCACCGCGCGGCGCUGGAGUCGGACUACGUGUCGCACCGCCUGCACCACUGGAUCGACCUCGUGUUCGGCUACAAGCAGCAGGGCCAGCCCGCAGUCGACGCCAACAACGUCUUCCACCACCUCUUCUAUGAGGGCAACGUCGAUAUUUACAACAUCGACGAUCCUCUAAAGAAAAACGCCACGAUCGGUUUCAUAAACAACUUUGGUCAGAUACCAAAGCAGCUCUUCAAAAAAGCUCACCCCAGCAAAAAGAUGUCUCAACGGAGCUCGACCAUAUUAGACCCGAACAAUAUAAUCCCGUCACAAGGGAUCACGCCGCCUGAAAAGUUGUUCUUCCACAAUUUGGAGAAUUUAAGACCUUCUCUACAACCUGUCAAAGAGGUCAAAGGCCCAGUAGGCCAAAUCCUGUACACCGACAAAGCCAUACUUGCAGUGGAGCAAAAUAAAGUCCUAAUGCCGCCGUCGUACAACAAAUACGUGGCGUGGGGCUUCGCGGACCAUUCGCUACGCGUCGGCAACUAUGACAACGACCGCGCUGUGUUCGUUUGUGAGACCGUGGCGCAGGCGUGCGGCGAGAUCGUGACCUGUGUUUGUCCGAGUGCCAAGACCAUAGUUACUGCGGGCACUAGCACGGUGGUAACAGUAUGGCAAUACUGGGCCCGGCGUCGUCGCUUAACAGUGAAAGUGUGUCUCUACGGGCACUCAGAAGCCGUAACAUGCCUGGCCGCGAGCCCCGCCUACAAUCUCGUGGUCAGCGGCAGCCGAGAUGGUCAGGCUAUAGUUUGGGACGUCGAGCGUGGCUCGUUCAUAAGGCAACUCUCACCGACUAUGCCAUCCCCGCCGCCUGUCUCUGCACUAGCCAUUGACGAUCUUACGGGUGACAUAGCAACGUGCAGCGGUAGCUACCUCUACGCAUGGGACAUUAACGGCACGCCGCUCGGCUCCGUGGACACCGGCGGCGGGCCCAAGAGCUCGCAACAGAUCCUAUGCUGCGCCUUUAGCGAGACUCGAGAAUGGGACCCGCUCAACGUCAUCAUAACUGGCUCCACCGACGGCGUGGUGCGGAUGUGGUCCAUCGACUACAUACCAGAAACCGUUGAAGACCAACCACAAAGCACCGAAGCGAUCAGUAUAGAGCAGCCCACCAGUUCAAUCGAAGCGAAAGACAAAGAGCACAGUUUGUCCGUACAAGAAAGCGAGGAGGCCAAGUCUGAGGGCGAGACGACCUUCGACGAGACGAAGAGCGAAGACCAACCGAGCAAGACGGAAGCGGCCAUCAAGAGGGUCGAGGAGUUGGUGAAGCAGAUGAGCUUGUCGCAAGAUAAUGAUAACGGAGAACUAGUCAAAUCCGCAUCCGAGAGCUCGCUCUCAGACGCAUGCGAAACGACAAGUGCGAAGGAGUCCUCCCGGCGGCAUGACGAAAAGGACACAUGCAGCGACCAAGAGGCGCCCUACCAAGAACCCGUCGACUCGUGCGACGAGACUAAAGACUAUGAUAAUGACAAGGACAACGAUAAGGAUACAGAGACGGAGAAGGAACACAGGAAGCUGCAGAAGCAGGGCAACGUCGUCAUGCGCAGGAAAUCUAAGGGGAAUCCGCUGUUUAGAAAGAGUGGCGGUAGCAUAGGCGAUUCUGCUGAUUCUGGUUCCCUAGAGAGCGCACCGGGCCAGUCGACGGAGACGGAGGGUGUGAGCGGCGGGCUGCGAGCCAGCAAGUCCGACACCAGUCUCACGGACUCGUUUGUCGUCGUAUCCGCGCCCGCCUCGCCCAAGCCCGACCGCGCCAAGCCCAGGCUAGAUCCGGAAUGCGAAACAGCAAUAAAAUGGCAACGACGACUGAUACUCCGCGGCAAGCUGACGAUGCACACGGCGUACGAGCGGCGCGACAACGCGUGCCCCGCGUCCGUCACCGCCGUGGCCGCCGCGCGCUCCGGCCGCGGACUCGCCGUCGGCGACGCCAGAGGACGGAUAUUCCGCUGGUCGGCGCCAGACAUGUCUAGCGCGACGAAAGGCGGCCCGGCAGAUCACUGGAUUCGCGACGACACCGCACCUUACUGCACUCAAUGUCAGGUGCGGUUCACGGCGCUGGAGAGGCGGCACCACUGCCGCGAGUGCGGCGCGGUGUUCUGCGGCCGCUGCUCGCGCUACGAGGCGCCCGUGCGCCGCCUGCGCGCGCUGCGCCCCGUGCGCGUGUGCCAGCGCUGCCACGACGCCAUACAGGCCAAGCAGUAGCGCGGUUCCACGGACCAUGCACUUCUUGUGGAAAGCUCCGUGACACAGCAAAGAAUAUUCAGUAUUUUGUAAAAUGUCUACCUAUUGAAAUAUUUGCUUAACUCAUACAUGCACUAUGUAGAUAAGGUAACAGUGGUAUUUAAGGUUUUUGUGUGUAAAUGUUUUCGCAAACAUUUAUUUAUAACUCCCCAGCAAAGUUAUAGUUAACCGUGUAACCAGAUUAUUACAAAAUACUAAUGCCAUGUUGAAGUGUUAAUAUUAUUGAUAGCAAAGAUUUUUUGACUUGAAAUUCAACCAAUUAUGGGUCAUCUUAAAUAUUUGACUAAACUGAAAUGAAGGUUUAAAAAAAAAUCUGACAAAUCGUUUGGUUACUAAACUCUGUCAAACAAGUCUGUCAGUAAAUAAGAACAAAGAAAACUAUAGGUAUCCUUUUCAUUAGCAUCCUAAAGAAAAGGAUGCAUAUAGUUUUCUUUGUUCGUAUUUACUGACAAACUUGUUUGACAGAGUAUAGGGUUCCUUAUUUUUGUCAUGAUUUAACUGCACAAAAGUAAGGUGACAGAAAGGAAUAGCCCACAUCUUAAAGACACAUCCAAUCAUCCAAUCAAUGAUGUUUAUAGCAAUUCAACAAGGCAUACAUCAUUCGUUGUCAAGAUUAAUAUGCAUUAUUUUUUGUGGACUAAAGUUGUACAAUGUCUGAUAAUGCAAAAAGGAACACUGAAAAAGUUGAAAGAUUCAGUGUCAGGUGCGGAAUAAAUCAUAAUACCUGAUUUUCUGAACCAUCUAGUCAAAUAUUAUUUAGUAUUAUAAAUUAUGUACUUUUUAGAGACUUCGAAGAAUGACAACAUUGUGAACCUUAGGCACUGGUCCCACCGCAAACUAGUAAGCUAUGAGCUAUCGGCUAUAAAAACGAACAAAAGAUAAGCACUCUCGUGCAAAUAAAAGAGACACGGCGAUAUUGAUAGUUCACCGCUGGGCGAGUAACUAUAAACAUCACCGUGUCUCUUUUAUUUACACGGGAGUGAUUAUCUUUUGUUCGUUUUUAUAGCUCAUAGUUUACUAGCUCGAGGUGGGACCCGUGCCUUAGGGGCUCACCACGUUUAUCGCGACCUGAUACAAAGUAUAAUUAGUAGCGAAGGUGAAGGGAACCGCUCGUUUUUAAUUUAACUCAUUAAAAAAUGUAUAUCAUUCCUAGACUUUCAUAUUCAUACAUUUGGAUUUGUUCGACCAGGAAUUCUUAUCUGAAAAUAUAAAGAUGAUUCCUGAAUUCAGCUAGUCUAUAAAUCCACGGGGAGAUAACGGACCGUCAAUAUUUAUUAUAGAAACAUAUUUAAGAUUGAAAUUGAUGUUAUCUUCUUGAGUAGCAGAGUUUAUAUGUGUAUGUAUACAAUGUACUUGGUCGUACAUUAGCAGUUCUUUUGAAUAUUACCAUCAUCCAGUUUUCUUUGUACAUUAGUCAAACAUUGAUUAGUAAUAUGAUAAGAUUUCAAGAAUAUUCUUUUUUGGUGCUUUUUAUGCAUUAUUUAUACAACUUAAUCAGUAUUAGUAUUGUAAAAAAAUAUUGGUAAUAUAUUUUAUUUAUUUAAUGUUUUUAUUAGAUCUCAGAUGAGUUUGUCGAAUAUUUAUUGUACCUAUACAGUAUACACGUAAUUAGCUUUAAGAUUGUUUUCCUUUGUUGUAAAGUGUUUGAUAUUCAUGUAGCCUCGCUCAGUCUAAGAUUGUGAUAAUUUUUACUUUUAAUUUAUACUCAUGAAUAUUAUUAUAAAAGGAAUGAUCAGAAAACAUACUAUUACUUUUUGGCAACUGUUUUCUGUUAUUGCUUUAUUGGCUUCUCUUUGCUUUUUGAAUCUAAUAAGAUGAUUUAAACUUCCAUAAUUUAUACUAACCUGCCUACUUAUAAAAAAUAUCUCAUAACCUAUCAAUUAUCAUUUAUAUGGAUUAGUCUAGUCACAAUCACACAAUGUAUAAGGAUUUUAUAUGAAGUAAAAAGGCUUGAGUAACAGUCAAUUUAACUUAAUACCUACGCAAUUUUAUACUCUAUGCAUUUUCAACAUUCCUAAGGUGAAAAAUAGAUUGCGUUUAUUAAAAUUACUUUUCUGUCAUAAUAAGUUUAUUACAAAGUAUAUAAGGUUAUGAAAAUAAGCACUAUCUUGAAAUACUGUAUUCGGUGUUAUUAAGAGUACUACUAAUCACUUACAAAUGUCAUAAACUGAUACCAUAGUAAUAUAGCUUGCAAAAUCAAUGUCAAUAUAUAAUUAU